CAUUUUGCGUUCAUCGCAGAUUGCUGACACAUUAACUUUUUUUUUUGUCAACGCGGUUGUUUUUGGUAAUCUGUCAGGUUUCCCCGGUCACAGGACCGCAAAAUAAAAUUUCAUUUGCACGUUGUACAUAGCUGAUAAGACGUGAUAACACAAGCCUAGCUAAAUUCACUUACAAGUGGUAACUAAGUAUUGCAUUUGUGAAUUGUGAGUUGUGAUCGAAGAUUCCAAAAUAAAAAAAAUAAUUAAAUCUCAAAUAUUCUUCAUUAUUCUUAUUUCAUAAUAAUUCUUUAUAAUGGAUGACGAGUGUGAAUCCUAUAAAUUAUGGCGUAUUCGCAAAACAGUUAUGCAGCUUUGCCAUGACCGAGGAUAUUUGGUUACACAAGAUGAAUUGGAUCAGACAUUAGAACAGUUUAAAGAGCAGUUCGGUGAUAAACCAAGUGAAAAAAGACCAAGUCGAAGUGAUUUAAUUGUCCUCGUUGCUCAUAACGAUGAUCCCACAGAUCAAAUGUUUGUGUUUUUCCCCGAAGAACCAAAAAUUGGUAUUAAAACUAUAAAGACCUAUUGUCAAAGAAUGCAAGAAGAGACUAUAACCCGAGCAAUAAUUGUAGUUCAACAAGGAAUGACUCCUAGUGCUAAACAAUCAUUAGUGGACAUGGCACCUAAGUAUAUUUUGGAACAGUUUUUGGAAUCUGAACUACUCAUCAACAUCACUGAACAUGAAUUAGUACCUGAACACAUUGUGUUAAUACCAGACGAAAAACAAGAAUUAUUAUGCAGAUACAAACUAAAAGAAAAUCAAUUAAUGAGAAUUCAAGUUGGUGAUCCUGUUGCCAGAUAUUUUGGUUUAAAAAGAGGACAGGUUGUAAAGAUUGUAAGAAAUUCUGAGACUGCUGGACGCUACAUUUCAUACAGAUUGGUAUGCUAGUAUGAUAAAUAUUAAACAUAAUAAAUGGACAUACAUAUUUAAA